UAUUGCCCAACGCGGUUUUUAGAUAAUCAUAAACAGCGAGCAAAACAAUUCCUGCGGCUCCAGGAGCGAUCCGAGCACCGGGCUGCGCUCCCGAGUCAUUAAAGCGCUUUAGCAAAGGCUGGCUCAGCCGCCCCCGGCCAUGGGGCAGGAUAUAAAACCCCUCUGCAGCGCGCAUCUCCUCACUGCCUCUCCCGACUCCUCCUCUCCGCCUCUCUGAGCUCUCCCCCAGCACCGCCGGGCGAUGGCUUCCACCCAGCUGGCCUGUCCCCCUCCCUGCGAGCCCAAGUGUCCGCAGCCGCUGGCCAGCAGCACCAACGAGCCCUGCGUGGUGACCUGCGGCGACUCGCGGGUCAUCAUCUACCCCCCGCCCGUGGUGGUCACCUUCCCGGGGCCCAUCCUCACCACGUACCCGCAGCAAACCGUGGUGGGAGCCUCGGAGCCCUCGGAGGUGGCCCUGGGCGAGCCCCCGGCCGCGGCCGCGCUGCCCGCCGAGGUCACGGCCCGGCUGGAGGCGGCGGGGGACAAAGCGGCGGCGCCGGUGCUGGCCCGUGCCGAGCCGCGCUGCGCCCCCAAAUAUUCCUACAGCUACUCCUCGCAAUGGACUCACCCCUGCAAUUCCUACCGCUCCGGGAAGCGCUGGGCGUGCUGAGCCCCGGGACGGGCAGCAGGGGAAAUUCCGGGUGAAAUCCGAGCUGCCGUUGGCGGGGCAGCUGCGGCGGCGGCCCCGGGGCUGCUCCGGUUCUUCCCGAGAGAUGCGGGAGCUCAGCCCCGGGACAGGCGGGCUCGUGUUGCAAUUCCUCGUUUUUUUCCCUUAGUUUAGAGCUGUUCUCCCGCAGCUUUGCAGCGCAGUCGUCUGCUUCCGCCGUGCUUUGGCUUAUCCCGGAUUUUUUACUGGCACUGAGCUUAGAGAGGUGACUUGAAAUGCUCGGAAUUGCACGGGCAACGCUGCCAAAAAGGGAAAUUCCCCGUUUUUACAGGCGGCAUUACUUGGAUGCUGGUGAUUUGCCAGAGCCUCGCUGAACCCCUAGAACGAUGCUCUUUGUUUCCUGUACAGUUUUGUUCCACAGUUGUAGGAAAGCUUCUCUUUCCAAAUAAAUUUUCUCUACCGAAA